GUCAAGAUCGAGGUCUCAGGUCUCGAUAUAUUUUUGCACAACACUCGAUCUCUGUGUGGCCAUGAAAUUUAGUUUUUGAUAAGACUUUUCUUAGUCCUUGGGGGUAUGCAGAGUAUGUGGUUUAGUGACAACCCUGGGUAAGUUAACUGAGAGUAAGUGGUAAACCUCCUAAAAGAAGAAUCCUGUCUUGCUAGGAGAAUGAAGCCAUAAGGCUCUUCUAUUAGGAGGUAUACCACUUAUUCUGAGUUAAUCUACCCAAAUUCGUCACUAAACCACGUACUUAGAAUACCCCCGUUUUCUUCCGUCAAAAUGAAAACGUGUCUUUGUAGUACCUGGACCGCCCAUUUUGACUACGUAGCAAAGACGCUGCAAGCAGUUGGGGCGGAGAGUAGCAGGUCCUCUACCAAUCGGCUGCGAUAUGCAAAUGUUAUUUGAAAAUUUCCCGGGAAAUCUGAGUUUCGCGGGAGGGCCUUUCGCGCGUAAACCGUAUCCCUUCAUUCAUUGUCAGCUUCCUGGAGCCAUUUUUCUAGCUGCCGGGGUGGAGUUCGCGUCUCUUUUUAAUCCAUUCCAUCGGACGAUUUUAGACAAUACAAUUACACCAUUUUAGAAUAAACCUUUUCGUAAGACACUAGUCUAUUGAUAUUUGUGAUUAUUUUGAUACCCUGCCCGACGGAUUUAUAAAAAAAUAUCUCUGAAGCAAGGGAGGGACAAAGGGAGCCUGAGCCUCCGAAGAUGAGAAGGGGGAUUUCCUCGGUCCCGGAGAAAUUGAUAGUAUCGGGGGUUGGGGGCUCUACCCUUGACAGAAAUCCAAUUUUAACAAAUUUUUCUGAUCGUCUGACUACCGGUUAUUCUACUGCUACUUACAUACAAAUUAUCACUCCGCCGUCCUGUGCAGCACAGUCCAAUAAUGUCUGUAUGCCUGAUCCACAAACUGGCAGUUUGCUGUACACAACUCCCCACGGACCAACCAACGGGAUGGGACAACGUCCAGCUCUAGGAAGACCUCCGGCAAAACGUCGCCUGGAGCUGGAUAUCACAGACCAUCAGUAUAGUGACCCUACAAAGACCGCAAAGGGCAAACGAGGAGCCCUACAGCCGAAAAGCCCCAAAGCACCCAAAUCUCCACCAGAGAAGACCCGCUAUGACACGUCACUGGGGCUACUGACCAAGAAGUUCUGUCAGCUUCUGGCCCAAUCCGCGGAUGGUGUUGUUGACCUCAACCAAGCAGCUGAGGUUCUGAAGGUCCAGAAAAGACGCCUCUACGACAUCACCAAUGUUCUGGAAGGUGUCCGCCUCAUCAAGAAGAAAUCCAAAAACAACAUUGAAUGGAUGGGCUGCAACCUGACAUCGGAAGGGGGGCCCCUCUCCCAACACCACCCGAAGCAGAGUCUGGACCGGGAGGUCCUGGAGCUCAGCCAGGAGGAGAGGCGGCUGGACGAGCUCAUCCAGACAUGCACGCACAACGUCCAGCGGAUGACCGAGGACACGCAGAACCAGAAAUAUGCGUAUGUCAGCUAUCAGGACAUCCGUAGGAUCAGUAGCCUCCGCGACCAGACGGUGGUUGUGGUCAAAGCACCACUUGAGACCAAACUGGAAGUGCCUGAUCCCAAAGAGAGUUUACAGGUCCACCUAAGCAGUUCGCAGGGCCCCAUCGACGUCUUCCUGUGCACGGAUGAGAACCGUCCCGGCAGCCCAACGAAGAAUGGCCUGGAUGUGAACGGGAACCAUACCGCCUUUGUCAAAAUGUCUCAAGGGAAAAACAACUGUUUAUGUCCACACAGGCUUUUGCACAGAGGGUUCAUAAAGUCUUUGACAGCGGGAGUUGAGGCUGUCAGUCAUAAGCGGUGAGUGCCGGGACUGAGCCGGGGGGUGUGCCGUGCCGGGGCAGAGGCGGCAGCUCAGCGCUUACCUCAAGCGAUGACAUUUUAACGUCUCGCCGGCAAAUCCUCACCUCGCCGGGUGAUGGAAUGCACCGUGCGAUUGGCACCGACUCUAAUGCGGUGCCGCCGUGGCCGGCGCUCGAGCCGGGGAGUGGGGAGAAGCCGGGGAGAGAUGGAGCUUUCCGCCAGGAUUACCCCCGGUGAAAGGACACACACUCUAAAUUAGAAAAGAGGACUUUCCAUUUCUCAUCCUGACUUGCUUCUCAGGGUUUUUUUUUUUUUCAUUCAUCUUCUCCUUUCCCGGCACACACACUGCACCAGCAGAGAUGGCCUGAACAGAUUAAGACUUCAAUUACACCCUACAUUUCUGCCACACAACCCAGCCAGAGUGGCCUGCAAGGGUGUGCCUCUGUGUGUGUGUGUACGUGUGUGCUGGUGUGUGUCUGUGGGUGUGUGUGCGCCUCUCUGUGUGUGUGU